CGUCCUCCUCCCCCGCCCCCGCCGCCGAAAGAAGAAGAAUAACCAGGGAACCAUGACUGCCCUCACACCAACCGCCCUCUUCUGCUCGUUCCUCCUCCUCGCUAUGGUGGGCUUCAUGGGCAGGGCAGAGGCGGUCAGCCAAGCUGGGUCCAAGGACAGGGCCCACGCUGCCACUGGGCCCCCCGAAAGGAUGGCGGCAGACCUCGAAGUGGACGGUCCCCCUCCAAGCAGCCUCCUCGAGGAGCACCAGUUGAGGAAGAGGUUCAUUUGGACACUCACACAAGAACCCUACUUCUACGGUAAAUUAGAUGGAGGUGAUAUGGGAGCCUCCCAGGGAUCUGAACUCCUGCCUGAGCCACUUCCUCUGAGAAAACCAACCUCCAUGCACAAGAGACUUUACCCUCGCUGGUUCCAAGCAUAUGCUUACAAGCCAUCAUCAUUCAGCCCCAUGACACAGUCUGCAGGAGAGCGCAAGAGGUUCCAACCUUUCCACCCUAUGGCUCGAUUCCGCGGUCUUUCUAUGGGAGGCGGAAGCUCUGGAUCCAGAGGAUACCACAAUUCAUUUGACUUCCCACUCUCAGACCAACCAGGACACCCCGUUCCUUCAGGUAGAUCUCCAAAUGCUCAGCCAUCCCCAAAAUUCACCCCAGCAGCUCAGAUGAUUGAGGCUGAAGAAGAGGAGGUUGAAGAGGAAGAAGAACCAAUGCGUGCUGGAGAACUUCUUCAGUACCUGAGGUCUAUAGCCAAUGAUCGGGGAAUCUCUGGCAAUACCAAGAGCUUCCGAUUUGGUAUCAGCAGGAGGAAGUAAAUGAACAGUUUAUCUUAAAGGUUUUGGGAAUUAGGAGUUUGAUAAAUCAUUCAAAAGACUGGAAUACAGAGGCAAACAUUGUGUAGUUGGAGAGUUUUCAGAUUGCUAAUGCACCAUGUAAUUUGUAUCUUAUAAUUCAUAAACUUGUAAUAUAGUGAUAGACACAUUAUACAUGUAUGUAAUAAAACAAUUAUGCUACUAAAGAACUAUCAUAUCAUACCAAAGAUGUAGGAACAAAUAUACUAGCUAGACCUCAUUGCUUUGAGACAACUAAUAAAUAUUGCAUAAUUUAUGAUACAAAUUCAACUCUUAAGUCUACAGUACAGAAUGAAGCCACAAAAGAGACAUAACCUAGUUAAAUAAAUUCAUAACCUUCAUAUGCCAUUACAUGUUAUUGGUUUUAUAUCUUUAUCAGUUGUCAUCAGGUCACAGAGCAACUGAACUCAACUCCCUUCUCUCUAUAUUCUAAUUCUUUUUAGGAUAAAAAAUCGCCACACCGCAGGGACAAUAUGUCCAAACCAAACGUGACAACUUUUAUGCCCAUAAUAAAUACAGUGACUUCUUAAUAGUAUUACAUUAAAUUUAUAGUACAAUUCUUGGUAUCUUAGAAUGGAUGAGGAUCAAUCAAUACCUCCAAGUGUCAAAAAGAAAUACAGUAAGUGGCUUUCAUACCUCCAGGCCAACAACUCUAUAUCAUCACAGCAGCUUUAUACAGCAGCUACAAAAAGUAAAUUGCUACAAUGGUCACAUUGUAUGGGUGUGAAAUGUGAAAGCCCUCUGGGUAACUGCUGACUGUGGCAUGCUCUAUAAUAACAGCAGUUACAUUACCAAGUAAAUCAUAAUUCCAGUGUGUAUGUAGAACCAAAAACUUUCAUAAAUACUGUAAAACAUUCAAUAAAAACUUUACCUCAUCUCUUGAAAAUAACCGCAAUACUUCAAAUCUUAAGCUUUCCCAUGUCUAUGGAACUAUUGAAACUCAGUCAAUAUAGGGUCAGAGGCAGCUGGUUUAGGUCUGCAAGGUUCUACGAACAACAAAACACAUUCAUCAGUCAGGAGCUAUGACAACAUGACAAUAAGGAAUCUCAGCUGAAAUAACACACAAAAUAGUAUUAAUAGUUUCUCAUGCAAAGGAAAGCAGUAAGUUACAAAAAUGUCUUACAGUACGUACAGUGUUUGUCUGUUAAAUGGAUAUUUGUAAAACCCAGAUAUUUUUUUCUUAAAAAAAGACACCACAGACAUAAUAGUUCCAUAUAAUCAACAUCAACUUGUCUCAUCUUCCUUCCUCAUGAGAUAAAGGUCUACCACAGGAUCAGAUUUUCCUUUGCAAUUGUGUAUGACUUACAUAAUUGUAUAUCAAGUUACACUUCUAGUAAUCUUCAUUUCAGAGGAAAUAUUAAUAAGAAAAAAAAGGAGCUCCUGUAACAGUUGUUAUUCACAUUCACAAAAUGGUGCAAAAAAGACUGGUACAGUACUACUUUAACUUUGAUUUCCACCUGAUACAAAAUAUUCUUUAUACUUUUGCUUCUGAAUCCAGCUCAUAAAAAUACUAAUACUUUACCUUCCAUAUUCUUCUGAUGAACAAUACCAAGUAUAUUUUUUGUAUAGCAAUUCUUUUUUAACAUUCUAUUUACAAAUAUACAUUAUUUGGUCUAUCUUUGCAGUUCAUAAGAUUCACUGCAUUAUCAGGAUCUAAUAAUAGUUAUUAAUGUAAUGUGUAUAAAUAAAGGAUAUAUGGUAUUAAA